UCACUAUUGUGCGCCGGAUGUCACGCUACAACGUGUUGAAGGAAAUUUCACGUGUAGAAAUUUUCGUCCUGCAUCGCUCCACAAUCACACUAUAAUUAGUGUCUGCGGACCUUAAAGUAUCCGGUUUAUUGACUGUCUGUGUAGAAGGAAAUCAUGGGUCGGAAGUUGGAUCCCUCCAAGAAGUUGAAGAAAGGUCCGGGUAAAAAAACCCGGAAGCAGCAGGGAGCAGAGACAGAGUUGGCCAAGUUUAUACCUGAUGAGGACACUGGAUCAAAACGUCUCUCAAGUAGAGCCAGAAAAAGAGCUGCAAAGAGAAUCCAGAGUUUGAAAAAGCCCAAAGAUGUUGCUGAGGAAAAGCCUAAGAAAGGGUUCACAGAUGAGAACAGCAAAUGGUUGAAACCGUCAAAGAGGAAGCGCAAGAUUGAUGAACAAGAAAGUGAGGAUGACAGUGAUGAACACUGGGAAGACGAUGACGAUGAUGAUGAUGAUGAAGGCGAUUAUGAUGAUGAUGAUGAUGAAGGCGAUGAUGAUGAUGAAGGCGAUGAUGAUGAUGACAUGGUUGAUGACUAUGGUGUUCAGGAUGACAGUGAUGAAGCAGCAGAAGAUGACAGUGAUGGAGAGGAUCUUCUUCCCAUUGAACGUGCAGCCAAGAAAGAAAAAAAGCAGAAAAAGUCCAAGGCUCCUGAUAGUGAUGAAGAUGACGAUGAUGAAGAGGAUGAAGAGGAUGAGGAUGAUGACGAGGAGGAGGAGGAACAGGAACAGGAAUCUGAUGCUGACAUGGAUGAAGAAGAUGAACUAAAAACAAACAUUGACGAAGAAGAUAAAUUCAGGCUUCCUAAACCAGAGGAGGGACUUCUGCCUCUAGAUUUGAAGGCAAUCUAUCAGCGGAUAAAGGACAACAUUGACCUCCUGUGCAAUUUCUCAACAAAAAGAGAGGAGGGGAAAGACCGAGCAGACUACAUCUCACUUCUGAAAAAAGAUCUCUGCACCUAUUACAGCUACAACGAGUUCCUCAUUGAAAAAUUUAUGGACCUAUUCCCUCUUUCAGAGCUGGUUGAUUUCCUCGAGGCCAAUGAAAUUCAUAGACCUGUCACUAUUCGAACCAAUACACUGAAAACAAGGAGGCGGGACCUUGCACAGGCUUUAAUCAACAGAGGAGUGAACCUUGAUCCACUGGGGAAAUGGUCUAAAGUGGGGUUGGUUAUCUAUGACUCCUCAGUACCUAUAGGUGCAACUCCGGAGUAUCUGGCCGGUCAUUACAUGCUCCAAGGAGCCUCCAGCUUUCUGCCAGUCAUGGCGCUGUCUCCACAGGAGGGAGAGUUGGUAUUAGACAUGAGCUCAGCUCCAGGAGGAAAGACUACCUAUAUUGCUCAGCUGAUGAGAAACACGGGGGUAAUAGUGGCUAAUGAUGCCAAUGCUGAAAGACUGAAGAGUGUGGUGGGAAACAUCCACCGUCUGGGGGUCACCAACACUGUGGUCUGCAACUAUGACGGCAGAGAGUUCCCAAAGGUCAUGGGUGGCUUUGAUAGAGUGCUGCUUGAUGCACCCUGCUCAGGCACAGGCGUCAUUGCUAAAGAUCCAGCUGUGAAGACGAGCAAGGAUGAGGUGGAUAUCAAUCGUUGUGCUCACUUGCAGAAAGAAUUGAUUCUGUCUGCCAUCGACUCGGUCAAUGCUGAUUCCCCAUCGGGAGGAUAUCUGGUCUACUGCACGUGUUCAAUAACUGUGGAGGAGAAUGAAUGGGUGGUGGACUACGCUUUAAAGAAAAGAAACGUCAAAUUAGUUCCCACAGGACUCGACUUUGGCAAGGAAGGCUUCACCAAUUUCAAAAAGUUCAGGUUCCAUCCAACUCUGCGACUCACGCGACGAUUUUACUCUCACUCCCACAACAUGGAUGGAUUCUUUGUGGCCAAGCUGAAGAAGUUCUCCAACAUUAUUCCAACUGCACCACCAGGGAAUGAAGAUGAGAAGGCAGAGGCUCCUGAGACGACAGCGGCCACAGAAGCUCCUGAAGAGAAAAGGUCCAAGAGCGACAAGACAAAGAAGACUGUCCUCAACAAGGCAGGCGGCCUGAAGCAAGAAAACAAAGCCAAUGGAACAGCAGUCACGAAAAAAGCAAUCAUCAACUCACAAGGCAAAAAGGAGUUGCAUACUGGACCAAAAAAGGCAAAAGUCGCCAAGAUGGAUGGAGAAACUGUGAAGGGCACAGAAGCCAAGAAGGCAACAGAUGAUGGUAAAGCAUCAAAAGCUGACACAAAGGAAGGAAGCAGGUUUGAGAAAAAGCAGGCCACAAAGAGGAAAACACCCAUGAAGGCCAAGAACAGAAUGGGGAAGAAUAAAUUCAACAAGUUGAAGCACAUGUUGCAAAAACAAUAAACAAAAGUGACAGUGUGUUAAAUGCAUGUUUGGAUUAUAUUAAAGCUUUGUUACACACCUGGAUCCACCUCUGUCUGAUGAAGCUGCUCUGUUUGUGCAGCAAUUGUGUCAAACGUGAUUGUAACAUGGCUGCGUGCUGAUGAUUGGACUCUCAAACAAUGCUCCUACUAAAGCUGGAGCUUUCUUUUUUUUUAUUUCUGUAUACAGAUUCAAUGCUUUCCAUAAUCCUGUGAGAAAUAAAUCUUUUAAGAACAUUUAA